GGGCUGGACGCAAAAACACUGGCGAGCGAGCGCAAGUUUCUAUCUAGUAUAGAAAUGUGCCAAGCUCGUCUCCUCGUGCUCCCCCUCCGCCCCCGCUCCUCCCAAAUCCCCUAAAUUUGACACGUUUGCGGACCGAUUCGGGGCUCCCCGUUGCUUGGUUCGAGCAAGCUCGUCAUCCCCGCUGGUGAUCUGGUGGGGAUGGGGUACUUGAGCACCGUGAUCGGCCACCCCACUGACGGAUCGCCCGUCAGCGGCGGCGGCCUCAGCCAGAAUGGUAAAUUUAGCUAUGGCUAUGCAAGCUGCCCUGGUAAAAGGGCUUCCAUGGAAGACUUCUAUGAGACAAAAAUUGACUGUGUUGAUGGUCAGAUUGUUGGUCUAUUUGGAGUUUUUGAUGGUCAUGGUGGUGCUAAAGUAGCAGAGUAUGUUAAAGAAAACCUCUUCAGCCAUCUUCUUAGGCAUCCAAAGUUCAUCAGUGAUACCAAAGUGGCUAUAGAUGAUGCUUAUAAAAGCACCGAUAGUGAAUUCUUGGAAUCUGACAGUACUCAAAAUCAAUGUGGGUCGACUGCAUCAACUGCUGUCCUUGUUGGUGAUCGUCUCUUUGUCGCAAAUGUUGGUGACUCUAGGACUAUCAUCUGUAGGGGAGGAAAUGCUAUUGCUGUUUCAAAAGAUCACAAGCCUGACCAGACAGAUGAGCGGCAGCGUAUUGAAGAUGCUGGAGGUUUUGUGAUGUGGGCAGGAACAUGGCGUGUUGGUGGUGUACUUGCUGUUUCUCGUGCUUUUGGUGACAAACUCUUAAAGCAAUACGUAGUUGUGGAUCCAGAGAUCCAAGAGGAAGUUGUCGAUGACACACUUGAGUUUCUCAUCCUUGCAAGUGAUGGACUGUGGGAUGUGGUCUCUAACGAGGAAGCUGUCGCCAUGACCAGAUCCAUUCAGGACCCAGAAGAAGCUGCAACGAAGCUCUUGCAAGAGGCCUACAAGAGGGAGAGCCAUGACAACAUAACCUGUGUUGUCGUACGCUUCUUGCAUGGGCAAGGGAGUAGCGGAUCUGCUUAAAGCAAGUAAUAGUGAAAUUACUCUAUGCAGUGUUGUGCUGUGAUAUACAUGCCUUAAUUGAUAUUUCAUGGUUAAAUGGAGAAACGCUGAAAGUAGGAUACAUGUAUUCUGAUGGGAGAAGGAACUGGGAAAUGUGUGUACCUUAGGUUAAACAAUAAAUUAUCUGGCCAUCGUCCACCGUAGUUUCGUGUUGAAGUUUGGCGCGACGAUAGUGUUGUAUUGCUGUGGAAAACAGGAUAAUUGUUCCUAGGUUCAAUGUAUGUGGAGAUAACUUUUUUCCCUA